GGAUUCUUUAUCGGGAAGAACUUUGCUGUGCUUGCUGCGACACUGCGACACGAUGACCGGUAAAACGAUACGGCACCUGCUGUACAUUCUGUUGAUGAUCGUCGGAGUCAUUCGUCGGAGCAAAUGCGAGGUUCUCGAUCUGGCGUCGAGAAUCGAGCACGACGAAUAUCUCAAGGAGUAUUUGUUCAUCGACGAAAGCAAGUAUCACGCUGACCUGCAGGAAUUCGACGACACGACGGUCGAGAUAGACCUGAUCAAUCGUAACCAGAAGUACGUUAUGUCGCACGAGGAGCCCAGGGUGUUAUAUCAAGUCGGGAACAGCGAGAAGGAGUUACCGGAGUGUGCGGAUCGGAGCGAGGUAUGUAGCAAGGUGGAUUUAUAUGGUGCACCGUGGGUCGAGAGACAAUGUCGUUGCCCGAACGGCCGUGCCUGCCCCAGCAGUCUUCAUGGAGACGACGGACACACGAUCGCCGAUAAAACGCGCCGCUACAAGCUUUGCGAGCCCGUGAAACGACUUCCCAUCUGUCAUUACUUCAAGGACAUUACGUGGACAUUGGCACCCGGAGGUGGUCCAGCGAAUGCAACAGUGCAACGUGUUUAUUGUCGAUGUCGACCAAAUAGCGUGCCAUACUUAGUGCGUAGACAACCUCACAAAUCGCCAAAUGGAAAUCAUGGCUUCGUCUAUGCCUUCGCCUGUUCUCCGCAAAGCAAAAUACGAUGUCAGCAUAAGGAGCCCUGCCGCCUGUUCACCGUUCGCAAAAGACGCAACUCGCAGCUCGAGGAGGUGAACGCCUCGCCUCUCUGUCAGUGUCCUCGUGGACACCGAUGCCCGCGAAGGCACACGGAUCCCGGUUCUACGCCGGCACGAUCCUACGCCGGUGUCCUGGAGAUCAAGACUUACAGCGGUUAUUGCGUGCCGUAUCAUGGUUACGAAAAAAUGACCUACGACAUUUGAGAGAGGCCACUAUGCGUUAGAAACGAUCUCUCGCUACAGCGACGGAUCCAGGAUGUCUGCCAAACGAAAAAAUCCAAACUUCAAUGGACUACUCAUACCUAUAUCUUACAUGUCCCCAUAAAAAGAAAGACGAUUGAUUCCCAUAUCACAGUGGGUUAGGUCUAUCUUUUCAAGCGCGCAACAAUUGGCCAUUUGGUACCUGCCGAUUGUCGAAACGUUGCCGUAAAAUCGUAGAGGCGGCUUCCAAUUCUCGAUCGUGGCGACGAGCCACGUUCGGACGAUCUUUCGAGGAGAGCUCAUCCGAACGUUCUAUCUUUAGUAAUACUUUUCCUCUUUUUCUUUCUUUAUUCUUUU